AUGUACCUUGUCCCCGCAGCUGCUGGAGUCUCCCCUGUCACUACAGACCCCUGGGCGCCAUAUCCUGAGCUUGAUGUGCGGUUCUGGGAGUACCAGAAGCACCUCGAUGCCGGCCUUUCCACCACCCCGUCCACUUUCAUCCCAGCCAGCUUGAUACGAUGUCAACUCACUCGUGGGAUAUGCACCGUCGCUAAUACCGACACGGAGAUCUGGGUGACUACUACCCUUGACUGGCACGGCAUAUCGUUGGCACCAGGCGAUAACGAUGAGUGA